CCUCUCAAAGCAAUUCGCGCGCGCCGCCCGCCGCACCGCUACUCGAGCCGAAAGGCAACGGCACAGGCCGUACGCGUCGUGGACGCACUCAUUUCGAACGCCGGGGCAGCCAUCAAAGCAAUGGUGCUCACCACCGAUGACAGCCUAGAGGACAUCCUGGCUGAGACUGUGGCCGCGGCGGAACAAGCGCUGCGUGAAAUGAAAGGAGAGGCCGCGCCGCCGCCGCCGCCGCCGCCCGCGCCUUCCCUGAAACCGUGGUGCGGCGCCUGCGAAUUGGCCGGCGACGGCCUCCGCGUCGCCGCGGGCUGCGCGGUGGCGAACGGCAGCGUCGCGUUCUACGACGCCGACCAGAAGGCAGACGAACCGGUGCUGUCCGUCGCCUGCGACGCCGUGGCGGCGAGCUACACACUAGGAACUGACGGUGUGACAUUCCGCGCCGACGAUCUCGCGUACGGCGUGCGCUUCGAAGAUCCAGGGGACGUGGCGGGCUUCUGCCGGGCCGUCGCGGCCACGGCGCGCGCGACACGCAUUUUCGAGCUCCGGGCGUCGGCGGAUGAGAGAGUGGUACAAAGGGAGGACCUCUGCGAGGUCGCAGUUAAGGUCUAUCAAGGUGGUGAGCUGGUGCUCGACGACCCGGACGCGGCCUGCGCGGCGGACGGUUCCGUCGAACCGGUGCCGGGCCUCGGUGCGCGUGUCGUCGGCGCGCGGCGCGGGAGUGCCAUCGGUAUGAUGAUAGGCGACCGCUGGGUCGAGGCGGUCAUAGGGCACAUCGCUGGUGGCGACGUGGUCGAGGACCCGCCACUACUCGAAAAAGAGGUCAUCGAGGAGCGGGUCGUGACACCACCUCCGAAAAUCCGGCCCGUGUCCUUGGAGAAGGCGCGGCGCCAGCUCGAUGACCUGCUCCUCCGAGCCAAGGAAGAGCCUGGAGAGGACCCGCGCGUGGCCGAAUUGCUGCAAGAGCGCGACGUGUUGCGGUCGAAACUGCGCGGCAACGAGGACGCGCUCGCCAAGCUGCGCGCGUUCAUGGAGGACCUGAAGAAGCCGCGGCGUAUGGAAGAGCCCGAAAUCCCGCCCGCGGCGCGCGCCUGGAAGGCCGAGGUCGACGCCGAGGUCGCGUGUAGCAAAGCGGCCAUGGCCGCGGAGCAGGCCCGCCUCGCGGCGCGGAACGCGGCCGUGAUGGCGGCGGUGCCCGCGCCGCGCGAGAUCCCUCCGGUCAACGGCCCGAUCGCGGACGCGCUAUUGCGAUCCAUAGCGUUCGACCUCGAGGUGCUGGAGCGGCGGGGGAGCGCCGCGGACCACGCGCGGUACCUGGACGGGCUGCGGGCGGUCUUGCGGCGGGAGGAGGGGCGUAGGGACCUGUUCUAG